CUAUUUACCCUCUCCCUCUCAUGUCAAGUAAAGGUCACCUUGAUAAGUUCACCUUCUCACGUACAUUUUUCUAUAAACGGUUUUAAAUUUUUUGUGGUAAUACAUUGUAAAAAAAUCUAAAAAUGGAUAUAGCAUCAACACAAAAAUUUAUCGAGAGAGGUGCCCAUAAGGGCAAGGGCCUCGCUGUUUUUACCAGUGGUGGCGACUCUCAGGGUAUGAAUGCUGCAGUACGGUCAGUGGUACGAAUGGGUAUUUACUUAGGUUGUAAAGUUUACUUUAUUCGCGAGGGCUAUCAAGGGAUGGUAGAUGGCGGUGAUAACAUAGAAGAAGCCAACUGGUCAUCGGUUAGCUCUAUAAUUCAUAAAGGUGGCACUAUAAUUGGAUCUGCACGGUGCAUGGACUUCAUCAAAAGAGAAGGUCGUCUGAAAGCAGCUUUUAAUUUAGUGACAAGAGGUAUAACCAAUUUGGUUGUCAUUGGAGGUGAUGGUUCCCUCACUGGAGCAAAUCUUUUCCGUCAGGAGUGGUCUAGUUUGCUGGAUGAACUACUGACAAAUAAUAAAAUCACUAAAGACCAAAGAGAGAAAUAUAAGUAUUUACACAUUGCGGGCAUGGUAGGUUCUAUUGAUAAUGAUUUCUGUGGUACAGAUAUGACAAUAGGAACUGAUUCUGCAUUGCAUCGCAUUAUUGAAGCUAUUGAUGCCAUAGUAAGCACUGCAUAUUCACAUCAAAGAACAUUUAUUAUGGAAGUCAUGGGAAGACAUUGCGGUUUUCUUGCAGUUUACACAGCACUUUGUACGGACGCUACUUAUAGUUUUAUUUGCGAAGACCCAGCGCCCCUCAAUUGGGAAAAAAAGUUGUGUACAAAGAUAGCUGAGGAAAGAAAAUCGGGCCAGCGUCUCAAUAUUAUCAUAGUUGCGGAAGGUGCAAUUGAUCGUGAAGGGAAACCGAUCACCGCAGAGCUUGUAAAGAAAGUCGUCGUGGACAAUCUUCAACAAGACACGCGUAUUACUGUGCUCGGUCACGUACAGCGUGGAGGUUCACCGUCUGCGUUUGACAGAAUUUUGGGUUGUCGUAUGGGAGCCGAAGCUGUAAUGGCUUUAAUGGAAGCAACUCCUGAAACAGAGUCUUGUGUUGUUACUUUGGAUGGAAACCAAGCUGUACGUCUACCACUUAUGGAGUGUGUACGUCGAACGAAAGCCGUUUCUCAGGCAAUGGCAGAUAAGAAUUGGGAUUUAGCGGUGCAAUUGCGCGGGCGCAGUUUUGCACGCAACUUGGAAACUUACAAAAUGUUGACCCGAUUGAAACCCCCUAAGGAAGCGUUUGAUGAAUCUGGUAAACCAUCUGAAGGCUACACACUCGCGGUGAUGCACGUGGGCGCGCCGGCGUGCGGCAUGAACGCGGCCGUGCGCUCCUUCGUGAGGAACUGCAUAUACCGCGGCGACACCGUACUCGGCAUACACGACGGGAUUGAAGGUUUCAUCAGUGGAAACAUUGUGAAGAUGGAUUGGUCAGAUGUAACCGGUUGGGUGGCUCAGGGAGGGGCCUUCUUGGGCACCAAACGUACUCUGCCCGGAGACAAAAAGGGGGAGAUCGCUGCACGCAUCAAGCAGUUCAAUAUACAAGGACUUCUUAUCAUCGGUGGUUUUGAGGCUUAUCAAGCUGGUGUUGAGUUGUACGAGUCCCGGGCGCAGUUCCCGGAGUUCUGCAUCCCGCUGGUGGUGAUCCCCUCCACCAUCAGCAACAACGUGCCCGGCACGGACUUCUCGCUCGGCGCUGACACGGCUCUUAAUGAAAUCACAGAGAUUUGCGACCGCAUCCGACAAUCUGCUCAGGGAACUAAACGACGUGUCUUCGUUAUCGAGACUAUGGGAGGCUAUUGCGGAUACUUAGCGACUUUAGCUGGUUUGGCUGGCGGCGCGGACGCAGCUUACAUCUACGAGGAGAAGUUCUCCAUCAAGGAUCUGCAGCAGGACGUGUACCACAUGGCGUCCAAGAUGACGGGCGGCAUCCAACGCGGCCUCAUCCUGCGCAACGAGAAGGCCAACGAUAACUACAACACUGAGUUCAUAUACAGACUCUACUCAGAAGAGGGCAAGGGGCUCUUCACUGCUAGGAUGAAUGUGCUCGGUCACAUGCAACAAGGCGGCUCCCCCACGCCGUUUGACCGCAACAUGGGCACAAAGAUGGCCGCCAAGUGUUUGCACUGGCUUGUCGAGAAUAUCCAGAAAGGCCCCGCUAACACACCCGACUCCGCUUGCCUGCUCGGAGUUGUUAAACGACAAUAUAAAUUUACACCCCUUGAAGAUCUGAAAGGACAAACUAACUUCGCGCAGAGAAUACCCAAGCAGCAGUGGUGGAUGAAACUCCGUCCCUUACUCCGUAUAUUGGCGAAGCACGACUCUACCUACGAGGAGGAGGGAAUGUACAUGACGGUCGAGCAAGGAGAGAUAGAUUCCGAACACGUCAUAUAAACGCCCAUUAAACUGCUUUGACAAAGUAACAUUCGGUUACCCCUAUCGCUAAAAGUCAAUGCAUGGAAAUGACUUUAAUUUUUUUUAAUUAUUAUUGAGAAUUUUACAAAAACACAAAUUAAUGAUGUAAACAAAUAUGGCCCCGCAAAAACUAUAUGAUUUGUCCGCGGGUUUGGUGUUACAAUAUUAUGUAGAGUGUUACUACACUAUACUUAGUUGUAUAACAUUUUUUUAUGUGUGAAAUUAUAUAAAAUA